AUCAAUAAAAUUUCACUUUUCAGCAAAUUUUCGUCUAUAAAAGAUAACGUUGUUUCGUCCCCGUUCAGUAGUGAUAUAGUGGUACUACACGAGUAGUAAUGUUACAACAAAUAAUGAAGUGGAGCUGUUUCUUGGCUUUGAUCUCAAUUGGUCUUGUUGCUGGAGAAGGAGCAUGGAAACACGAUCAUGAAUACAAAUACAGAUUCGUGUAUAAGACUUUCCUGAAAGAACCAACAUCAAAAAUAUUAGGAUUUGUAUCAAGCGUUGGUUUAACUAUCCACCCCCAAACGGAUAGAGUUUUGAUCGGUCGAAUUACGGAUGCUUCAUCGAAAAUACUAACCCACGACCAAACUCCGGAUGAAAGAGACUCUGUUCCAACAUUUGUGCCAAUAGGCAAACAAUUUAAAUUUUUUUUGAAAAAUGGUGUCAUUGAUUCGCUUUCUGUCGACCGUACCCUGACCACAACCGAAAUCAACAGAAUGAAGUUAAUUGUUAGUCAAUUCCAAGUCGACACAAAAGCCGAAAAUGUUAUAGAAUCGAUGAAUAAUCACCUUCCAGAUGCGAAUACUAAUAAUGCUCUAUACACGACCAUGGAAACAACUGUAUCCGGAACGUGUGAAACUAGCUACGAUAUUUCUCGUCUCCCAGAAUACUUGGCCUAUGCAAAUUACGGUUCAAUUGCGUCACUGUCAAGAUACGCGGUUGGAGACGAUGUCAUCGAAAUUAAGAAGCAUAUCAAUACCAAGAACUGCGAGGAGCUGACUGGAACUGACUUUAUGGAUAUUGUCAGUAAGAAAAAUGAUAGAGAUUCGAUUGUUUCGCGUGACACUCGUAUCAUAAUUACUGGUUCACUGGACAAGUACAUCAUCCAUUCGUCAGAAUACUACAAUCAAAUGUUAGACAUAAAUAAUUAUGUGUAUUUGUCGUUGGAAUCGCUGAAACGUACUAACGAUAAUUCAGAUUAUACCUACGGAACCCAGUCGGACAAUAUGUUAAACAUUGGGAAUUUGGUUUAUCAAUAGGGUCCUGGAAAAAGCCGCAUGGAUGAAAAGCACAUUUAAAUUUUGGACAGUAAUUCUUUCAAAAUAUUUUUUUAUUUAAAUA